UCACAUAUAAAAUGCACAGCGCUUUGUUGCAAUCUGGUGAUUUCGAGUGCCAGAUUGACAGAACAGAAGUAGUGACCAAAGGGCAUAUGAAAUAGUGACAUGAGUUGGGUAGCUGAAGAAAAUAAUGUUUUAUUUUGCUUAUAUUCCGGUGCAGAGUGUGUGAAUCUAUCACGAUUAUAAACUUUAUAAAAUCAAAUGCAAAAUAUUUAACACUUCAUAUUCUUUGCACAUAUGUUAAUGUAGAGCACAUUAUUAUUAUAAUCAACUUUAUUGUUGACGGUAUUUAAAGCGAUAACCUUUUGCACCUUUAUAGAUAAUCGUUACCUAGCCUAUAUAACUGUUCAUUUCUUUUCCGUAAUUCAUUGUUAAUUCACGUGUAUCAUGUCUCGAUAUUCUAUAUAUAUUUUAUUUCAAUUUAUAAUUUCGGCUUAUUGUUUUUUACACCGGUAUCCAAAGUUAAAUCUUAAUAAUCAAAUAAAUGGAGACCCAGGAUCACCUUUAUUUCUUACACCAUACAUCGAGAGCGGAAACAUAACGGCUGGCAGGCUACUAGCUCGAGUGCCAUUUACGGAAAGUCUACGCAUAAAAAGCUAUGCCGGGUUCUUCACAGUUGACAAGAAGUACGAUUCUAAUCAGUUCUUCUGGUACUUCCCAGCGAUGAUACCUAACAACACAGAUGCACCAGUUUUGGUUUGGCUGCAAGGUGGACCCGGAGCUACGUCGUUAUAUGCACUUUUCACAGAAAAUGGACCUUUGAGAGUGAGAGACGAAAAAUUUGAAGCUCGCAAGUACAAUUGGGCUCUAAGCCACCAUAUUAUUUAUAUUGAUAACCCAGUUGGUACUGGAUUUAGUUUCACAAAAGAUCCCAAAGGUUACUGCAGUAAUGAGACACAGGUUGGUGAACAACUUUAUUCAACUAUAACACAAUUCUUCCAGUUGUUCCCUGAGUUACAGAAGAAUAAAUUUUUCAUUACGGGUGAAUCCUAUGCUGGCAAAUAUAUACCUGCGUUUGCAUAUACAAUACACAAAAAGAACCCAACUGCAAAUAUUAAAAUUAACCUUAAAGCUUUAGCAAUUGGCAAUGGUCUCAGUGAUCCAGAACAUCAGCUGGUUUACAGCAAAUAUUUGUACCAAAUUGGUCUCUUAGACUGGAAUCAAGCCAAUACUUUUAGAGAAUAUGAAAUGAAGGGCAUUGAUUACAUUCAAAAGAAGCAAUGGAGUAAGGCAUCUGAGAUUUUUGACAUUUUAAUAAAUGGAGACACAAUUGAUGGCAAGAGUAUAUUCUAUAACAUGACUGGUUUUGAAUUCUACUUUAAUUACUUGCACACAAAAGAUUACAUGAACUCUGAAGAUUUUGGUCCUAUGCUACAAAAGGCUUUUGUAAGAAGAGCUAUACAUGUUGGGAAUUUAACAUUCCACACAGGACCUGAGGUUGAAGCACAUUUAAAGGAAGAUUUGAUGAAAUCUGUAGCUCCGCUGAUGACUGAGCUUUUGGAUCAUUACUAUGUCCUUAUUUAUAAUGGUCAACUUGAUAUAAUUGUUGCUUAUCCAUUAACAAUUAACUACUUAAGGAAUCUCAAAUUUACUGGAUCUGAGGAUUAUAAGACUGCUAAGAGGUACCAGUGGAAAGUGGAUGGUGAGUUGGCUGGUUAUGUGAAGCAGGCUGGCAAGCUGGUGGAAAUUUUAGUGAGGAAUGCAGGUCACAUGGUGCCUGGAGAUCAGCCUAAGUGGGCAUUAGAUAUGAUUACCAGAUUGACUCAUGAGAAAACCUUUUAUUAAUUUUAGAGUAGAUUUUAGUUUAUUUUUUUAUAAUUUAUAAGCAAUGAAUCUGUUUUAAUAAGUUAUAGUUAUAAGGUAAAUAAAUACUGUUGUGA